AUGCCGCUCGUUCCACGCCGUCGACACUACUCAUGGCCGUUCAGCGGUCCAAGUACGAAGGCUCUCGACCGGAACACCUCUAUCGACAGAAGAGCUUCUCAAUUGGCAUCGCGGGCGAGAAACCGCUCUCUUGCCUUUGAAAGUGCGGUGGAGGGACCUUUUUAUCCGGAAGAUGUUUACGAAGAAGACGACGCCGUCUCUGCAGGCAUCAUCCCUUCGGCUCCUUCCAAGCGCACGCGACAUUCCCGGCUAUGGCCAGUCUCCGAGGCCCGCAAGCGGAGAGGAUAUAAUGAGAAAGAUGUGAUUAUUUCGUCCGUCACGGAAGCGGAUGAGCUGCCCAAAGCAGUGUUGCGACGGAUCGUCUGGCCGCGGCUGGAAAAAGUCCGGCAGCUCCUUCCCCUGCAUAACAAGGCGAGGACAUCGUCUGUCCACGGCAAUAAUAUCGUCCCUUCGUGUUUUAGCUCACCGAAUCUAUCAGAAAAAGAAGCAGAGACGAUGUCAGAGCGGUGUGGCAGAGAUGCAGAGCUCGACGAAGGACACCUGAGGCCUCUGGCGGAAAGACGCCAUCGACGAUGUCAUUCCGAGCAGCCCCGAGUAUGGAAGGAGCCGAGUCCAGGUCUUUGGACCCUGGCGGAGGAAUAG